AUGUCUAAGAGAUCAGCAUCUGACGAAUUGGCACCACAGUCAGGGAAUUCUGCUGUGAAAACCACCAAAGAUUCAUUGCCACCGGCUAAUGCGGCGGAAGAACAAGCAGAUGAUGUGGAUAUGGGUGAAUUCGAAGACCCAUACGGAGACGAAUUUGAAAGUGACGGAGAGAUCAUUGAAGUCGAUUCCGCAAAUGAAGAAGACGAUGAUAUGGAUGAAGAAGGGAAAAAUAAGAAGAUUGAGGAGUUGGAAAGAGAGGAAGAGAAGGAACCAGAGUCGACCAUUUACUUACCACAUAAGUCCAAGCCUUUAGGCCCCGAUGAAGUAUUGGAGGCGGAUCCAAGUGUAUAUGAGAUGUUGCACAAUGUUAACUUGCCAUGGCCAUGUUUAACUGUAGACGUUUUGCCCGAUAAUCUUGGUAAUGAGAGAAGAACGUAUCCUGCUUCUUUAUAUGUUACUACGGCCACGCAAGCAUCUCGUGCUAAGGACAACGAGAUAAUCACUAUGAAAUUGUCAUCAUUGUCCAAGACUUUGGUGAAGGAUGAAGAUGAUGAGGAGCAGGACGAAGAUGAGGACGACGACAAUGAGGAUGUUGACCCUAUUAUGGACAGUGAAACAAUUCCUUUGAAGCAUACAACUAAUAGAAUCAGGGUUUCACCUCAUGCAUCUGAAACUGGUGAAUAUUUGACUGCUACGAUGUCUGAAAGUGGUGAAGUCUUGAUUUAUGACUUGUCUUCUCAAUAUAAAGCAUUCGAUACUCCAGGUUACAUGAUUCCUAAAUCGAGUAAAAGACCUAUUCAUACCGUAAGAAACCACGGUAAUGUCGAAGGUUACGGAUUGGAUUGGUCACCAUUAAUUAAUACUGGUUCUUUGUUAAGUGGUGAUUGUUCUGGUAGAAUAUAUGCUACUUCAAGAACAUCAUCAAAUUGGGUUACAGACAAGACCCCGUUUUUCGCAUCCGACUCUUCAAUUGAAGAUAUCCAAUGGUCCACCGGAGAAAACACCGUCUUCGCUACCGCUGGUUGUGACGGAUAUGUCCGUGUUUGGGAUACAAGAUCUAAGAAGCAUAAGCCAGCUAUUUCAGUUGCCGCAUCAAAAACUGAUGUCAAUGUUAUUUCGUGGAGUGAUAAAAUAAACCACUUAUUGGCAUCGGGUCACGAUGACGGCUCGUGGGGUGUCUGGGAUUUGCGUAAUUUCAAUGCUCAGACAACUCCUUCCCCAGUUGCUCAUUACGACUUCCAUAAGUCUGCUAUCACUUCGAUCUCCUUCAAUCCAUUAGAUGAAUCUAUCAUUGCUGUUUCCUCCGAGGAUAACACUGUUACCUUGUGGGAUUUGGCUGUCGAAGCUGAUGACGAAGAAAUCACCGAACAGAGAAAAGAAUUACAAGAAUUGCACGAUAUUCCACCACAAUUAUUAUUUGUCCAUUGGCAGAGAGAUGUUAAGGAUGUCAGAUGGCACAAGCAAAUCCCUGGUUGUUUAGUAUCUACUGGUGGUGAUGGGUUAAAUAUCUGGAAAACCAUUUCCGUUUAA